AUGGCCAUCUCGGAGGACCCAGAGGGAGCCGCGGGCGAUGGUGGCGGGGUGACGAAGCGGGGGAGCAAAGCGCGGGGGAAAGGCGGCGCUAAGGGGCGCGGGAGGCCCAAGCGGCAGAGCGAAGACAGGUCCUUCGUGGCGCCGGUGAUGGAUGGGGUGGCGGUCGGGGACCGGGUGCUCAGGGAGAGGAGGCACGCGCCCAACGUCUUCUGCGAGCGCGACACGGAUGACGACGAUGAGGAGACUGCAACCAACCAAUCCAAGCGUCAGAGAAAGAAGAGAAAUGAUGCUGGCAAGAAGAGGGGGCCUAGGAAAACCAAACCAGAACAUGCGGACAGCAAGGCUCACUUCCCCAACAGCAAAUGCCACGGUGACAGGAAGGGGGAUGGUGUUGAGACAAUUAGGGGCAAGGACUCAUGGAAGGGUGAGGUUUUACAGACUGCAAAGAAGAGGAAGAAAGGAGAUGCAGGGACGGUUUCUGUUACAAAAAGGUUGAAAAGAGAGGAUGAAGAACAAAGGAAGGCCUUAUUCUCCAAGCAUAAAGGUUGUGAUGAAACUGAUAGGAAACGGAAGAAGAUGUUGACUGGGGAUAAUGCCCUGAUGUGCCACCAGUGCCAGAGGAAUGAUAAAGGGAGGGUGGUCUGGUGUAAUUCAUGCAGCAAUAAGCGCUUCUGUGUGCCAUGCAUUGAAAGAUGGUAUCCUAAUUUGUCAGAAGAUGAAUUUGCUGCAAAAUGCCCAUAUUGUCGCAAGAACUGUAAUUGCAAGGGAUGCCUACGAAUGCGAGGGGUUGAAGAGCCUCCAAAGAAGGAAAUUUCUGAAGAAAAUCAAAUCUCUUAUGCUUGUGAUGUUGUGCGCUUGUUGCUUCCCUGGUUGAGAAAACUGCGACAGGAGCAGAUAGAGGAGAAGAAAUUGGAGGCUAAAAUAAAAGGUGUUUUGGUUAAUGAUAUGAAGUUGGAACAAGCUGAAUGUAAUCUAGAUGAACGUGUCUACUGCAAUAAUUGUAAAACUUCUAUAGUUGAUUUUCAUAGAAGCUGCAAGUAUUGCUUUUAUGAUCUGUGCCUUGAAUGCUGCGGGGAGAUCCGCAAAGGUGAGAUUCCUGGAGGAGAAGAGAUAACGAAAGUAAAGCCUGAAAAUAGAGGCCGGGAUUAUCUUUUUGGUACUACUAAGUCAAAGGAUGGGAGUAAAGGGUUCUCCUUGAGGAGGUGCAGCUCAGAAAAUGAGCCUUCCAAUGGAAUAGGUUCUAGUGAGGGGGCAAGUAACUCUCUGGCGCUGUGGAAAGCAGAAAGUGAUGGUAGCAUACCUUGCCCACCAAAGGAGCUAGGAGGCUGUGGUGGUUCGAUGUUGGACCUCAAGUGCUUUUUUCCAGAAAAGAUGCUUUCCAAUUUAGAAGAACGAGCUGACAGAAUUAUGAGGAGUGAAGUAUUUGCAAACGCAGUAGCCAACAGAAGUGAUCGGUGCCCUUGUUAUGACCAUUCAGGGAACAUAACACCUCAGGAUGUGCGAGCGGCUGCAAAUAGGAAAGGCUCAAGUGAUAACCACCUGUACUCCCCAGUUGCCACUGCUAUCAAGGAGGAUGACUUGGUGCACUUUCAGAUGCAUUGGUCAAAGGGUGAACCAGUUAUUGUUUCUGACGUUCUACAUUUGACUUCUGGUCUCAGUUGGGAGCCAUUAGUUAUGUGGCGGGCGUUGCGAGAGAAAAAGACUAAUGGUGACGUAGAAGAUGAGCACUUUGCUGUCAGGGCAGUAGAUUGCCUCGAUUGGUGUGAGGUGGAAAUUAAUAUACACAUGUUUUUUGUGGGAUAUAUGAAAGGCAGAACGCACACCGUGGCACACUGGCCUGAGAUGCUUAAGCUAAAGGACUGGCCACCAUCUAGUUCAUUUGAUCAGAGAUUGCCUCGCCAUGGUGCUGAGUUUAUCAGUGCAUUGCCAUUUCCUGAGUACACUGAUCCUCGAUAUGGUCCGCUAAAUCUUGCAGUCAAGCUUCCUGAUGGUGCAUUGAAGCCAGAUCUUGGACCAAAAACUUACAUUGCUUAUGGAUUUUACCAGGAGUUGGGCAGGGGUGAUUCUGUGACCAAGCUUCACUGUGACAUGUCUGAUGCGGUAAAUAUAUUGACACACACAGCACAAGUGCCCUACGAGUGUUAUCAACCUGAGAAGAUAGAGAAAACCAGAAAGAAAAUGAAAGAGCAAGAUCUUCAGGAACUUUAUGGUGUUUCAGAAUCCAGGAAUAUAACUGUUGAUGAAAUGCCAAAGACCUCAUGUAAUGAUGGUACCUGUAAAGAAAUUUCUGAUAGUUUGGACAUCAAUGUUGUACCACCUGUUAAUACUAAAUCUAAGGUACAAGGUGAGGCAGGCCAGUGUUCAGACUACAUUGACAAGGAUAAAAGUUAUGCUGGGAUGCAUAACGGGGAGAGAACUGGUGGUGCUUUAUGGGAUAUUUUCCGAAGAGAAGAUUCUGACAAGCUACAAGAUUAUCUUAGGAAACGUGCCAUGGAAUUCCGGCACAUCCAUUGCGAUCCUGUGAAGCAGGUUAUUCACCCAAUUCAUGAUCAGACUUUCUACUUAACUGAGGAGCAUAAGAGAAAGCUCAAGGAAGAAUACGGUGUUGAACCGUGGACUUUUGAGCAGAAGCUUGGUGAAGCAGUUUUUAUUCCUGCUGGGUGUCCUCACCAAGUGAGGAAUUUGAAGUCUUGCAUCAAGGUUGCAAUGGACUUUGUUUCCCCAGAAAAUGUUGAUGAGUGCAUAAAACUGACUGGAGAGUUUAGGCGACUUCCACCUGAUCACAGGGCUAAAGAGGAUAAACUGGAGAUUAAGAAGAUUGCUCUUCAUGCUCUAAACCAAGUAAUAAAUUUCUUGGAUCCUUCCUCUGAGGGGUUGAAGAGUGGGGCUGCCCAACCCAAGAAUAAAAAAGAAGCUGAAGCUGAAGAACAGAAGAUGCCUAAAAGGGGUCGCCAAUGUCGCAAGUCCAAUGAUGAAGCUACUGAAGAUAAGCCCAAAAAGAAGGCUGGUCGUCAAAGAGGUGAGAAGAGCGGAGACGGCAAGUCCAAAGAUGACGCUGUUGAUGAGAAGCCUCCUAAAAGGCAGAACAAUCGCCUGAAAGGCUCUGGCAAGCCUAGGUGA